AUGGACGAGGUAAGUAACCCAUUGAACAGGAAAAGGCCCCACGCAGUGGCAAUAGCACUGCCAAUUCAAGGCCACAUUAAUCCAAUGAUGCAACUGGCCACCAAGAUGGCUUCCAGGGGGUGUAUCGUCACUCUUGUGAACCUGCAAAGCAACCACAGGAGAUUGGUAGAAGCUUCAGAUCCAGUGAAGAAUAUCCGCUUCGAGUCUGUUCCAGAUAGAGUGCCAGUCGAAGUCGCGAGCAUGGCAAUUUUCGGGUCCACAGAGAACAGGAAAACUUUCCGGAAAGCUUACGAGGCCAUGGAAGAGGAUACGCAGUCGGGCUACCAAGACUCUUGUUCUCCACAACCUGUGCUUCGUCUCUCCUGGUGGAUCACUGGAUUCCUCGGCUCUUGGAAACCGGAGAAAUACCCAUUGAAACAGCCAAUCUACCUGGAAUGCCUCGGCCACUUCGAAAAGCCGACUUGCCAUUCUACUUCACCAGCAGGCUGUCCACGCCGGACUCGUUCUCACGCAGACUUUCUCGAGCCUGGAGCUUUCAAGGCCCUCCAGUCGGAGGUGAACUCUAACACGAUCGGCGUGGGGCCGCUGCUUGACACGGCCGGGAAGUCCACCACAAACGCAGCUUGGGUGGCGGACGCAAAGUGUCUCGACUGGCUCAACGGCAGGGAAGAGAAGUCCGUCCUCUACGUCUCGUUUGGAAGCCUGGCGACGCUGCCGUGCGAACAGGUGUUGGAGAUGGCCGAGGGGAUCAAGCAGUGCGGCUACUCGGUCUUGUGGGUUCUCCGGCCAAAUCUCCUCGGCUCCACCGGGGAGGACUCCCAGGAAUCGCUCAAGACGGUGCUGGAAGAGAUCGAGGCGUCCGGGAAGGCGUGCCUGGUGGAUUGGGCUCCUCAGCUCCAAGUCUUGGCUCACGCUGCGGUGGGGGGUUUCUUGAGUCACUGUGGAUGGAACUCGGUGCUCGAGGCGGUGUGGUUUGGGAUUCCAGUGCUGGCGUGGCCCCAGAUUGUGGAGCAGAGCUUGGUUGCCAGGAUUGCUUGCGGGGAGUGGAAAGUUGGGAUGAGAAUGCCGGUGCUGGAGGGUGGUGGUGGUGUCAUUGACAGGACAAGGAUCUCGCAGUGUAUCGAUGGGUUUAUGAUGGAGGGAGAACUUGGAAGGAACUGCCGGGCUCUACAGAUGGUAGUAAAGGCAUCGGGUGGCCUGCCUUGUUUAAAUUCGUUCUUUUAUUUUGUUUAAUUUGUCUCAAACUUAUUCCUUUUUCAUAGAAAAGAAAAUUCGAAAAAAAA